CGCCGUAUUGGGAUUCCACACUCGACUGACACUACCGCGGAGUCAGCAAAGUCAGUUGCCUUUGAACUGAUGUUCACCCAACGAUCAAACCGUGAGAACGACUACAACAGCCCUCUGAUCACCUUGAUCGCAGCCGCAACUGCGAUUUGGACGACGCGUCAGAUUUCUCUCGGUCGCCAGGUCCAGACGCAGAACUCACGAUUUCAACUUAUCUCCCGCAAUGCACCAUCCCAUGAUAGGUUCAAGCGUAGCAUACUACCGCCGAGUCGACGAAUAAAGCCUCCCGUGACGCCGUAUGAUACGUAUGCGCAAUUGACAUGACGCAGACUCCACCCCGUCUGUUCACCUUUCACUACCCAUCUGCCGAAGCACUAACCCUAACCUGAUAUCGUGGAGGACAUAGCCAUACGUCUUACCUACCUAAGCGUUGACAGUCUUUUAUGCAUUGAGGUCUGAAACGGUUGACAGAGCUAGCAGACGCGUUUGCUUUGUAAACUCUUGGCCUCUGAAACGCCACAGGCAUCGGAUCGUAUCAUGUCGGCUGGUGUUGCUGGCUGCAGAAUCCCGACAAGCGAGAACUUGUAUUAACGUGGUACAUGUUUCGUCUUGGCCACGGAAGCAUCUGGGCGACCCAACCAGGUGGUUGGUUCACGUCCUGGACAUCGGACUUCUCGCGGCGCGGCCCGAUAAAAGAUGCCUGACUGUUGUAGGGCCGCGUAGGCCUCCACCACGAGACUUUUUGAACGUUUGGUAUAUAAUGCAAGAGCUUGAGCGUUGAAGUGGGAUAAACCAUCUCAAAGCAUUCUUCUCAUAUCUUCCCUUUCUAAUCUUCUCUACUUUCGGCUGGGCCGUUUUCCACAACCCGCAUAUCAACUGCUUUCUAUUCACUUUCUUUGCGCUAAGAUGCAUUCUUUCAACUUCAUCGUCGCUCUGUUUUUCGCCCUCAUCGGGUUUUCUGCAGCCUUCCCGCAGUUCCAUUUUCUCGAGGCCCGCGAGAAAGGCGAGAAGAACGGCACUUCCAAGGCGAAGAACGGUACCAGCGGAAACUCUAUCAACAAAGAGUGCAAGCAAAUGGCUAAGCUCACAGCGCUUACCGCAUUUGCCAACAACCAAACAAAGAUUGAUGCUCUGACUGCGAAAGGGAAGCUUGACGAUUCUAAGGUGGCAGCACUCAAAAGCCAGGCCGCAGAAGCAUCCACCAAACUCCAGGCAAUGACAGCAAACACAACCCUCGUCAGCGAGUGUGCCGUGGUUUUCGCUCAUAAGAAGACGGUGGGACAGUGCAAGCAGAUGAAGUCUUUGGCCAAACUCGCCUCUCUCGCCUCCAACCAGACUGCUAUGGAUGCCAUGAUCGCUGCCAAAAAAUUGAACGAUACCCAGGCCGUCAUGUUGCAGGACAAGGUCAAGUCCGCGCAGACCAAGCUCGAUGAUCUAAAGGCCAACACGACACUGACGGAUAUCUGCUCCAAGGAGGCUUCGCAGAAAGGAGCUAGCGAUAGUGCGUCUGGCACCGAAAGUACCGGUACCACCAACGCGGGUGCGGCUGCGGCAAGCCAAUCGAGUAGUGCAAUGUCGGCUAACAUUGAGAGCGUUUCAUUUGCGCUCAUCCCUGUUCUCGUUGCCACUGCUUCUCUUUUCCUGUAA